CCAAAACACAGUGCUGCCAUAACGACAUCCAUGGAUGUAACUGCGCUACCUCAGCUCUCGUCCGUCAUCAAUUGCGUUCUCUGUUCGGCAUUGUUGGAAAAUUUCAAUCAUCACCUGGUGGCUUCUGCGUUCGCUUCGCUUUGGGCGAUACGCCAUAUCCGUGAUGGAUGCUCCUACGCCAUCCGCCUCGUCCGCAGCUGCAGGGGAGCUCGACAUGGAGGUAUGGCGGGAUGCUUGGGAACGUGAAAACGCGCAACGACCUCCGCAACUGAGAUUUGCCUUCCCCGAUCAAACUGUCUUCAGAAGCGCCACCGAGGUGCGCAAGAUCGUUCGGUUCCUCAAUGAGCAUGGCAUAUAUUGCUGCGUCGUCGGGGUCAUGGCGUUGCGCUACUACGGUGCUGCUCGGCUUUGUACGACUAUAGAAGUCUGCGUACCCACUGAAAAACUGGCUGUUGCCGAUGCUCUGAUCUCCAAAGGCACGGACAACGCAAGCUACACGGCCUGGAGAGGACACCAACCCGACCUCGAAGUGCACAGGUGUUCGCUGUACCAUACAUUUCCCCGCUACCGGCUGAACCAUGAGGGGCCCGAAUUCGAUUUCUACUUGGUGCCGUCAGAAGACUGGCGCCUCGACUGCGUACCAGAGAAUUUCGAGUACAGCGCGCAACAGCAGAUUCCCUACCCCAAACUGCAUCUGUUUGCCCAGUCUCUGUUGGAGAGGCUGGAGAUCAAUGACCUGCAGGACUUGGUGGACGGGAUGGAUAUCACUGAGGAGUGGGGAGAACAACAUCUUCAGUUGGACAGUCCCGGAAAGGAGUAUGCGCAGUGGGUGGCAGCGAAGAACGCCAAGAUCCGAGCAGCACUGCCUCAGAGGAUCAGGGACGAUCCCUUGAAUCAGAUGUGUGGCCCAGGUAUGUACGACAUGGAUGAAGAGUUCGUGGCGUUUAGGGACGUCUUCGCCCACAUCGUGCGGACUAAAGAGCCCCGGGCCCGACUGCAGUUCCCGUGCGGCACGUACGCGACCAAGUACCGGGCCAAGGGCUCGCCUGAUCCACGGACAACAAUUCGGUUCCAUGUGUAGAUAGGCGUUUUGGCGGUGGAGGUGAAGGGGUCUUGAAUGCCAAAUACAGAUUCGCACUUGACCUGAGAUGGUUCCUACCAACGUCGCUGGCAAACG